UAUUUAAUUGUGUAGUUGAUAUUGCCGACAUAUAAAAAUGGUAUGACGUUCAUUAUUGUCAAAUAAGUUUUCUCGGUUCACUGGGCACAUUCUUUUUUUCUCACUUUGCUGAAUUAUUACCCCAAAUAUGUUCAAAUUUGUUAGCACGCAAUUCGUUGUAGUUGUCGCUGUUUGCAUAAGUUGGGCGACAGGUCAAUCAGGCCAGGCCGGAUUUGACGGAUAUUCCCUAACAUGGAGAAUUGUGUAAAGAUCAAUUUUAAAUCCGUGGCCACAACCCCGGGGUGGGUCGGAAUUGGAAUUAACACCAAGCGAGGGAUGGAUGGAGGUCAAUUAAUGGUCGCUGGUGUGCGCCAGGUGCCGCUAACCCCAACUACGUUGAGGCCAAGUUCAACGCCAACAACGCUAGGAAAUAAUUCACUCCUCUACGUCGACGUUAAUCAAGUCGAUACACCCUACAACCAACUCUUGAUCGGAUCAGCAACCGGAAUUGUUGGUGUAUACGAAGGAAAAGCGUGGGAAUUUGUUAGCGUCACUGAACAAGUUGAAACCGUGGGUGGAACACAGGUGAACGUUACAACAAUGGAAUGGACAAAACAGCUCAAUCCCAUGGAUGGAAAUGACAUCCAAGUAGUUCGAGGACAAUCAAUCUUCGUUUUGAUGGCAUUUGGAGAUUGUGACGAUCUCGAUUAUCAUGGUCAAGAACACAAAGGGACCGCCGUAAUUGAGUUCCUUCCUGCAGAUAAUGCUGCCAUGAAGAGUGCUGAGGGCUUAUUAAAUUCUAUGUUUGCAUUAUUCACAUUUUCUUUCCUCAUGGGUGUACUGUAAUAAUGUGCUUAAUAUUGAAUAAAUAAUAAAACAUAGAGAAAAAUUAUGGUGAUUUGACUUAUGCCAUAUUUACAACAUGAAAAAUUAUAGGAUAUGACUUAAAAAAAUUUAAUUUUUGAAUACAAUUUUAAUUUUAA